CGCGUCAGGGAGCGCCGCGUUAUAAUUCAGCUUUGAGGCAGCAGCUCAGGUAGGGAGCGAGGGAGAGACUGGCCAAAGGGAAGCAUCUCAAUGCCGCUCAACAUGGGGAUCAGCUGCAUCAAACACAAUCCCAGAGAAUAUGAACAAAGAAAUAAGCCACGGUCUGCUUGUGGAAAAAAGCCAAAUCAUCUUCAGACCCAAGCUCCCUCACUCAGUCCCCUUUUCUUCCAUCCGUACACCAAAGGGUCACAAAUAAAGAUGGACUCGUCCCAUCACUGUGCAUGGAGGAAGUCAGGCUUCUGUAAUGGGAUCACCUUUACCAACCGUCCAGUUCUCAUCCAGGAGAAAGUGAGGUUGAAGAUCACAAAGACAGAGGAGUCGUGGCAAGGAGGAAUGCGACUAGGCUGCACAAUUUUCGACCCCUCCCUGAUGCACCCCGAUGCCCUUCCCAAGUUUGUGUGCCCAGAUCUGGAGGAAGCGCAUGGCUUCUGGGUCAGUGCAUUACCCCAGCAGUGCAUUCAUGAGGGAAGUGUCAUCUCAUUCUGGGUGAACAGCCAAGGACACUUCCUGUACUGUGUAAACGAAGGAAGGGAAUAUCUCCUCAUGAAAGGAUUGCUGGUGUCUUGGCCAUUGUGGGUCAUCAUCGAUGUAUAUGGAACAACACGAGAAGUCCAGCUUCUAGAUCCCUCCAUGACUUGUGUCUCCCAGAACAAAUCAGCACCGCAGCCGUCCCUCCCUGUUCGAGUGAACAAACCCCAAACAUCUAGUUCUUAUACGUCAGCUUCUUGUACAACACCACCCAAAGAUACUUCUGGUUCCAGUUCUUCUGUUCCUAAAGUAUCAUCAACUGCUUCACCCCAGGGUCCUGCAUCUGUGGAUGAAGAAUGUAUUGUUUGCUGUUCUUGCCAGGUUGACUCAGUGUUAUACAGAUGUGGACACAUGUGCGUGUGCUACAGCUGUGGCCAGAAGCUCCUCAGCAAGAAUUCUAAAUGCCCAAUCUGCAGGCAACCCAUCAAAGAGAUCAUCAAAACUUACCGCAGUUAAUACCUGCAGGUUAACAUAUGAACUGACUUGGUCUGAGCUUUUGAGUGACAUUUCUUUCAGUGUCAGCAGCUUGGCUCACUAUCUUAUGAAUCAUCUGUUCUGCAGCACUUGACAUGGUGACCACGAGGUAGUUAAUCCAGUGGGAAAUGCAGGGGGAGUAUUGAAAUGCCGAACAGGCAAGAGAAGGCUGACAUGGGGUUGACAAGGUUAUGAAGAAAUGGACGUGCAGUUUGUGUAGGAGAACAAGAUGCUAUUAAAGGCACUAAUGAAAGAAAGUCAAGUUAGGAUGGGCAGCAGCGGAAAAAGUUCCACAAUGUGACUCCAGUUAGAGAAGUAAGUUUUGAACCAGAAAGCGGAAGUAGCCCCAGUUGUUGAAGGCAAACAGCUAAAAAUGGGAAUGAGGUUCCAAACAAAGAAAAUUGGAGGGGCUUUUUAGUGAGUCAACUGGGAGAGGUGAAGCAUAAUUGAAGGACACACACAAUAACAAUCUACAAACCUCUUGGGUCAAUAUUAUCUAAGCUUUUGGAUAUUACCUAUUCAUUGUCCAUAGAUCCCCACUCCUUCAGAAAUGGCAUGUCAGCCUCUAUCCAAUGAUUAAGCAGCUGACGUGGGAUAAGUUUAACAAAAAAAACAACCACCUCGACCUUUUUUGGAUUUGCAAAACAAUUUUCUUAUUUCUUUACCUCGGAAACGUCAGGGUGUAUGGGGUAGAUUCCUGGGAUUCACACUGUCAUCCUGUGAGAGAUAAACCUGAAUGAUAGGCAGACAUCACUCUGACACUCACUUUAACAUGUUGGUUCUGUGCUGCAGAUUUAUAUUGUGCUCUUGUCAUUGAUUCAGUGAAAUGAAAUGUUAAUGUUUGAUCAGAGCCUAACAAUCAGAAUGAAGGCCUUGUGCUUAUGUAGAUGUUACCAUGUCCAGCUGUGUCAGCUUCUGGGACCUCUGAGCUCCCUCCAACAUUUCUCAUUUUCCUGAUUUUAAUUGCCGCACAAUUAAUGAAUGUUGCUUGUUACCUAGGCUCUAACUUUUCUAAGUCCCCUCCUUAAACCUGUCCCUUUUAAGGCCCUCCUUAACUCUAUUCCCUUGGCCAAUCUUUCUUUCCUGUUUUCCGUUAGCUCCUUAAGUAUCUCAAUGUCCCAACAAUGAUCCUAUGAAAUGCUUUGCCCAAUUUUCCUGUGUUAUAAGAGCUGUUUAUAAGUGCAAAUUCCUGUGUUAGGAUGUUUCAACUUGUACAUUUUUUGUAAUGAUUGAACUCAUGGUUUUAUAAUGUACAUAAAUGAUUUAUAUUUUUUAUAAAA